AUGGAGUGAUUAUUCUCUUUCAGUUGAUAACCUACAAAAGCUGGUUGAAUCAGUAGGUGUAAAUAUGAGACUGAAUUGGACAGCGAUAGAUUUGAGUAAGAUUAAUCUAUCUUCAAUCAGUGGAAGAACAUUAGCAUACCUUUUUAAGAUCUCCCCAGACCUCAGCCAUAUCAACAUGAGUCAUUGCAGUUUAUCAGUCAGUAUUGUUAAUGAAAUGAUAGAGGAAUGUGGUAGUAUAUUGAAAUACAAAAUGCUUGGGUUAAAGGGCAAUGACCUUUCAGAUAUUGAUGGUAAAUCACUUGUAGAGUUAAUCAGAGUAAUUCAUCCUUAUGAUAAGCAUUAUGGUUAUAUUGAACCUUUCAGAUGGAGGGAUUAUUCUCUAUCAGCUGAUAACCUACAACAGCUGGUUGAAUCAGGUGUAAAUAUGAGACUGAGACUGAAUUGGAAAAUGAUAGAUUUGAGUAAGAUUAACCUAUCUUCAGUCAGUGGUAGAACAUUAGCUUGCCUUUUUAAGAUCUCCCCAGGCCUGAGCCAUAUUGACAUGGGUUAUUGCAGUUUAUCAGUCAGUAUUGUUAAUGAAUUGAUGGAGGAAUGUGGUAGGAUGUUGAAAGGCAACAUGCUUGGACUAAAGGGCAAUGACCUAUCAGAUAUUGAUGGUAAAUCACUUGCAGAGUUAGUCAGGGUAGUCUAUACACAGUAUAAACCUUUCAUUUGGAGUGAUUAUUCUCUAUCAGCUGAUAACCUACAAAAGCUGGUUGAAUCGGGUGUAAAUAUGAGACUGACACUGCAUUGGAAAACGAUAGAUUUGAGUAAGAUUAAUCUAUCUUCAAUCAGUGGAAGAACAUUAGCUUACCUUUUUAAGAUCUCCCCAGACCUAUUCCAUAUCAACAUGAGUCAUUGCAGUUUAUCAGUCAGUAUUGUUAAUGAAAUGAUAGAGGAAUGUGGUAGGAUAUUGAAAUACAACAUGCUUGGGUUAAAGGGCAAUGACCUUUCAGAUAUUGAUGGUAAAUCUCUUGUAGAGUUAGUCAGAGUAAUUCAUCCUUAUGAUAAGCAUUAUGUUUAUAUUGAACCUUUCAGAUGGAGGGAUUAUUCUCUAUCAGCUGAUAACCUACAAAAGCUGGUUGAAUCAGGUGUAAAUAUGAGACUGAGACUGAAUUGGAAAAUGAUAGAUUUGAGUAAGAUUAACCUAUCUUCAGUCAGUGGUAGAACAUUAGCUUGCCUUUUUAAGAUCUCCCCGGGCCUGAGCCAUAUUGACAUGGGUUAUUGCAGUUUAUCAGUCAGUAUUGUUAAUGAAUUGAUGGAGGAAUGUGGUAGGAUGUUGAAAGACAACAUGCUUGGACUAGAGGGCAAUGACCUAUCAGAUAUUGAUGGUAAAUCACUUGCAGAGUUAGUCAGGGUUGUCAAUAAAGCCUAUGAAUCUUUCAGAUGGAGUGAUUAUUCUCUAUCAGCUGAUAACCUACAAAAUCUGGUUGAAUCAGGUGUAAAUAUGAGACUGACACUGAAUUGGAAAAGGAUAGAUUUGAGUAAGAUUAACCUAUCUUCAAUCAGUGGAAGAACAUUAGCUUGCCUUGUUAAAAUCUCCCCAGACCUGAUCCAUAUUGACCUAGGUUAUUGCAGUUUAUCAGUCAGUAUUGUUAAUGAAAUGAUGGAGGAAUGUGGUAGGAUGUUGAAAGACAACAUGCUUGGACUAAAGGGCAAUGACCUUUCAGAUAUUGAUGGUAAAUCGCUUGCAGAGUUAGUCAGAGUAAUUCAUCAUCCUUAUGCUGAUUGUGCUAAUGAACCUUUCAGAUGGAGUGAUUAUUCUCUUUCAGCUGAUAACCUACAACAGCUGGUUGAAUCAGGUGUAAAUAUGAGACUGACACUGAAUUGGAAAAUGAUAGAUUUGAGUAAGAUUAACCUAUCUUCAGUCAGUGGUAGAACAUUAGCUUGCCUUUUUAAGAUCUCCCCAGGCCUGAGCCAUAUUGACAUGGGUUAUUGCAGUUUAUCAGUCAGUAUUGUUAAUGAAAUGAAUGAGGAAUGUGGUAGGAUGAAUGUAGUAUUGAAAGACAACAUGCUUAGACUAGAGGGCAAUGAUCUUUCAUGUAUUGAUGGUAAAUCACUUGCAGAGUUAGGGUAAUUUUUCAGCCUUAUGAUGAUGAUGAUAAUUAUAAAUAUGAACUUUUUUCUUGGAGUGAUUAUUCUCUUACAGCUGAUAACCUUGAAAAGCUGGUUGAAUCAGUAGGUGUAGAUAUGAGACUGAAUUGGAAAAGGAAAAAUUUGAGUAAGAUUAACCUAUCUUCAGUCAGUGGUAGAACAUUAGCUUACCUUUUAAGAUUUUCCCAGAUCUGAGCCAUUUUGACAUGAGCAACGUGACCACUCACAAUUUUUGAUAUACCCAAUGACUGGGUCGA